AUGGGGCCCCUGGGCAAUAGGGGAUCAUGGGGCCCCUGUGUCCUUGCCCAAACUAAAAAAAAGCCUAUGAAAAAGGUACCAGGGGAAUCUCAUGGGGCCCCCUACUGAACCCGGGCCCUCGGGCAGUGCCCGAGUUUGCAAAUGGUCAGUCCGCCCCUGGUCAUAAGUGAUGUCACCAGUCUCUAUGAAGUAGUGAUGUCACUAGUCUCUAUGAAGUGGUUAGGCUGCAUUGUCAGUGAUGUCAUUGGUCUUAUUAUGUCACAUAUAUUUCAGUGUUUUGGAAUCCUCAUAUGGUGGGAAGGUGGUCUAUACAACUCAUCAGUGUACAAG